CAGGAAGGAGGAAGAUGGAUUUCUGGAGGACUUUGAUUCUUCUCUCAUCCACACUCACCCUCACAACAGCUGGAAGUGUGAGGCUGGUGGAUGGUGGAAGUCGCUGUGCUGGGAGAGUGGAGGUUCUUCAUGAUGGACAGUGGGGAACAGUGUGUGGUGUAGGCUGGGAUAUAAAAGAUGCUGCAGUGGUGUGUAGAGAGCUGGACUGUGGAGAGGCUGUACAUGCUCCACAAUAUGGUCACUUUGGAUCAGGAUCAGGACCAAUCUGGAUGGCUAAUGUGAGCUGUAAUGGAUCAGAAUCUACACUGAAGAACUGUUUAUCAGCAGAAUGGGGGAAUGAUUACUGUUAUCAUGAACUGGAUGCUGGAGUUGUGUGUUCAGGAAACAGAAAGUCCAGACUUGCUGAUGGUCCUCACCGAUGCUCUGGGAGAGUCGAGGUGCUUCCUGGGAAGACCUGGUACACAGUGUGUGAUGCUGACUUUGACCAGCAGAAUGCAGAGGUUGUGUGUCGAGAGCUGGACUGUGGACUUCCUGUGGAGGUGCUGGGAGCUGCUGCUUUUGGUAGAGGAGAACAUCAGGUGUGGACAGAGGAGCUUCAGUGUAGAGGAAACGAACCUGAUAUUACCUUCUGUCCAACAUCACCUACCAACCUCACCUGCUCCCAUUCCAGUGAUGUGGGAUUAAUCUGUUAACUCUUAGUUUUUGGUUUAGGUAACAAUGAGGCUCGGCUGGUGGACGGUCCAGACUCCUGUUCUGGUCGAGUGGAGCUCCUGUACCUCAGUGAUUGGGGAACAGUUUGUGCUGGAAGCUGGAACAUGAAAGCUGCCAGUGUCCUCUGUGCCCAGCUGAAUUGUGGGAGUGCUGUGGCUGUCCUGGAGGCCGACUGGUUUGGGGAGGGGAGCGUCCAGAUCUGGUCUGAUGUGUUUGAUUGUAAGGGGAACGAGACCCACCUGUCCCAAUGUCCAGUCUCAUCAUGGAGUCGAGCUGCAUGCUCUCAUAAACAGGAUGCUGGAGUUAUCUGUACUGGUUCCUCUCUGGCGUUUCAUGAUGGGCGAGUGAGGUUAACAGGAGGAAGUGAGUGUCAGGGGGAGGUGGAGGUUUAUUUUGGACAGGACUGGAGGAAGGUUCUCCUGGACUCCUGGAGUCUGGUUGAGUCCUCUGUGCUCUGCAGACAGCUGGGCUGUGGAUCUGUGCUGAACUUCAGCUCCUCUCCAUCCACUACUGAACACAACCACACGUGUGGAACAGCUUUCAAUUGCUCUGGAAGUGAAGAACAUCUGGGGAACUGCAGCAGAGCAAAACCUGCUAACUGCAGCUCCAGAGAACUGCUGUCCAUCACCUGCUCUGCCCACAACUCCAUCAGGCUGGUUGGUUCUGGUGGAGACUGUGCAGGAAGGCUGGUGGUUUUCCACAGUGGUUCAUGGGGAACAGUGUGUGGUGACUUGUGGGAUAUUAAAGAUGCCCAGGUGGUUUGCAGAGAGCUACAGUGUGGUGUGGCCCUCAGUACCCACAUACCAGCCUGGUUUGGUCCUGGAACUGGGUCCAUAUUGCUGAAUAAGGUGGAGUGUGAGGGGAACGAGACAUCCCUGUGGAACUGCAGAUUUAAGAUCUGUGAGGAGAAUGAAUGUGGACACCAAGAGGACAUAGGGGUGGUGUGUUCAGAUUAUGAUGACGUGGAGGAGGAGCCUCAGAGAGACCCAGACCAUGUGACCCAGAGACGCCGCCCAAUGUCUUUGUUCAGGAAAUGACAUCAUAACAUCUCUAACCUCAGGAAACGAUUUUCUAACAGCUUCAGCUCCUGAUAUUUUAUUCAUCUGAAUCUUUGUUGAUCUCAGUGUUGAAUAUUUCAGUCGAGCACGGGGGGGUAAAAACUUCCCCAAAUUUUAUUUUACAUUCUGUAACCAAACCAGCCACAGUGCACUAACACAAAGAUCCAGCUUAUAAUAUCUUUUUAUUUUGUAUUGUAGAAAAAAAUCAAUUUGCUGUAAAACAAAAGUUCUACAUAUUUGAUAUUAAUAUUUUGUAAUUAAGUUUUAGGUAGUUGAAUAUUUUUAUAU